GGAAAUUUUCAUGAAGCAGCGGCGGAAUGCACCGACUUGGCGGCAUUACGCGUCGAGAGUUCGCAUCCAGGAAGAUGCCAACGCCUUUGAAGGGGGGAGGGGCUGGUGGUCACCUGUCGACGCCUCUUUGGCACUUCUUCCGCCGCCCACAGAACUUGGGAGGGCAUGAAUCCAAAACGAAACGACGAUGUCGUCCAUGCCUCGGGCAAUCUCGCCCAACAAAUGCAUGCCAAGUCAUAAAGUGGUUUUCACAACGCAUGCCAAGCUGCUUAUUACGUAAGCGGUGAGGAGUGCCAUCUUUCGUGUCUGUCUUUAUUCGAAGAGCGCGAUGAGUAGCAUGAGGACAACACCCGUCGCCAUCGCAAGCAGUUGCAGCAACGACUGAAGAAGGGACGAGUCUUCGAGCAAUUCGGGAAAGACACUCGUGCACGCAAUGUACACGAACCCGCCGGCCGUGAAUGGAGUGAUCCACGCCGCCGUCUUUGCUUCAAUCAAGAGCCCUACGGCUGUGCCGACCUGGAAGAGUACAAUCGCCGUCAGUAAAAACCGAAUUCUUCCGACUGCGUACCAUGGCGCCAAGGGCUGUGUACACUUGAGUCCACAUGGCGUCCGAACGCGUGAACCCGGAUUGAAUGAGGAUCGCAAAGUCGCCGAUUUCGUGCGGCACUUCAUGGAGAAGCAUGGCCAACGUUGUUUGCCACCCGCUGCUACGUCCAUGGACAAACGUGGCGCCAAUGGCCAACCCAUCGGUGAAGUUGUGGGAGAAAUCUGCCGCCAAGUUCAAAUACGCCGCGGCGGCAAUUGCCGCGGCAGGAGGCGCUGCGCCAUUGUCGCUUUUUUCGGAUUUCUUGGCUUGCUUUGGUUCAGGAGCGAUGCCAUGCGAGUGGCCGUGACCGUCGCUUCCAGUUUGCGCGCGAACAAACUUUUCCAGCAUCAAAAAUGUCAUGAGCCCAACUAACAUCCACAAAUACGGCGCCAGGUCCGCUACCGAAUGGCUGUGUCCUGCAUCUCCGUGAUCGUGGCUGUGGUCAUGAUCGUGCUGACCGCUAGGGGUGGAGUGUGGCAGCAGAUGCAGCAGCGCGUCGCCGAGAAGUCCACCGGCCGCAAACGCGAGAAAAAUGCGAAGCAGUGGCUUUUGCGUCGUCAACGACGUCCGGCCAAGGGGAAUGAAGAACAGCAGAAUAACGGGCGCAAUGCCCACUAAUGCCGUCGCAGACAAAGCCUCGAUCCACAAUGACACGUCGAAACGAGUUGCGUCGGAGGGCGGGUGGCUGUCUUGAAGCAACCUCGCGGCAUCCGUGUGGCCGUGCGAAUGGUCGUGCGAUGAAUGGUCAUGGGAGUGGGAGUGAGCAUGUUGAUCCUUGUGGUCAUGGUCGUGAGCAUGGCUAUGCUUGUGGGGGUGAUCAUCAUCUUUGUGGGUUUGAUCGUGUUUAUGGUGAUGAGUCGAAGGGGAUACCAAAGUCUCGACUGGGCCCGGGAUUGGACGGCGUAAGUCUUGGUGGCUAUGGGAGUGACUGUGGUCAUCGCCGUCAAGUUGAUGGUGGUGGACAUGGUGGCCAUCAUGCGAGGACUUGUCCAAGGGAUGAGUAUACCCCACGUCGUCCAUUGCGAUUUCGACCACUGAUUCCUUGUUUGGUUUGUUAGCUAAGCUGUCAAGUCCGUGGCGUUGGGUGUGGGUGUCGUGGUGAUGAUCGUGAUGAUCAUGGUGGGCGUGGUGGUGCUCCUCGUGGGCAUGGACAUGGCUGUGGUCAUGGCCAUGGUCAUGCACGUAACUAUGGUCGUGCUCAGCAACACCUGCCGUAAACAUCAGGGCCACAGCCGCGGCAAGCAGCAUCACGCUAGGUCGGAUCAUCCUUCCCCGAAAUCUGGACUUCAGCCACUAUAUCGUGGCUCGUGAUUGGCUGAAAAAGCGUACUUAGAAGAGUCGCACUUUACCAAUCAAAUGAAGCCCUGCCAUUCAAGAACGCACAGCGCGCCACGACGAUGGACACGGUGUCCGAGUCUGGGCAUUCUGAAGCGCCUGUGGCCGUUGAAGCAGCGCCGCAGCCUGCGCUUCCAUUCUCCGAAGAGAAUUUGUCCAUCUGCCUGGAGGUACUCGGUACAAUCGCCAAGGACCUCAACGUUGUGGAGCUUCCAGCGAUGCGCACCUUCCGCAAGAUGUUGGCUCCUGUUUCCGAUUACAUGGAGAGUCGCAAAUUUAAAGGAAAAGGCCGCAAAAAGUACUUGGAAGAUCAAGAGUUGCGUCGGGAGAAGGAAGCACGAAACAUAAAGCGCAAAAUGAACGACCACAAAUACAUCAACAGUGCCACGUUGCGUCGUGCGCGUGUGGAGAAGCUCAACGAACUGCUCGAGCAAGGCAAGGGCGAAGAAGAGAACAUGCUGCCUUUGAUAGCUGACGGCGCCGUGGACGAAGCGAAUACUCAGACGAUGCUUCUCGAGAAUGGCAAGCCUGCCGAAGUCCCCAAGGUCGAAUUGAACAAGCAGCGAUCGUGCUACACGUGCAAAGUUCGCUACGAGGCGCUGCAUCAUUUUUACGACCAACUCUGCCCCAGCUGUGCCGAAGUCAACUACUCCAAGCGAAUGCAGUCAGCAGAUUUGCAUGGAAAGGUGGCGCUAGUGACCGGCGCCCGCGUCAAGAUUGGAUACCAAACUACGCUCAAGCUUCUUUUGGCGGGGGCCACUGUGAUUGCCACGAGUCGAUUCCCACAUGACACGGCCGAGCGCUACGCCGCCCAUCCUGACUAUGCAACGUUCAAGGACCGUCUACAUGUAUUUGGCAUUGACUUCCGGGACCUCGUGCACUUGGAGCACUUUAUGGAUUUUGUGCUGCAGACGUAUCCCCGUCUCGAUGUGGUCAUCCACAACGCGUGCCAGACCAUCCGUCGACCGACGUCGUACUACGCCCACAUGAUGCCGAAGGAGUCGACGCCAUUCCUGAACCUCCCGGCCAACAUCCAGGCAACGCUCCAGCAACAGCAAGCGUUCACAGAAGCCUUACAUCGUGACACAAAUGCAUUGCUGUCGGACGGGUCCACCAAACUCGCCACCGGCAAUUCGAACCACCACGCCAUUCCGAGCGCGUUGAAGUCCCAGGUUCCAAUGCUGCUAGAAGAUCACGACAUGACAGGAUCGUCGCUGUUUCCUCAAGGACGCACGGACGUGAACGGCCAACAGCUCGAUUUGCGGACGACCAAUUCGUGGGUGCUCAAGAUGGGCCAAGUGUCGACACCGGAAGUGGCCGAAGUGUUUGCUAUCAAUACUCUGGCGCCGUUCAUUAUGAACAGCCGACUGCGACCGCUUUUGGAGAAGACGGAAGCCAAGGCCAAGUACAUCAUCAACGUGAGUGCGAUGGAGGGCAAGUUCUAUCGGUACAAAACCCCGAACCACCCCCACACCAACAUGGCCAAGGCCGCCCUCAACAUGAUGACGCGGACGUGCGCGGAAGAAUUGAGCAAGUAUGGCAUUUACAUGAAUUCGGUCGACACGGGGUGGAUUAACGAUGAAAAUCCGCUCGAAAAGGCGCACAAAUACGCAGCCACGGCCAACUUUCAAACCCCCAUCGACGAAAUCGACGCCGCGGCCCGCAUCCUCGACCCCGUCUUUGUCGGGUACAACACGGGCAAGAGUGACUUUGGUCUGUUUUUCAAAGACUACCAUGAAACCGAGUGGUAAACAAAUUACUGCGUGCACUCCACUUCCUACGAUGCCAAUCUAUACACGUGAAUUGCUG